UAAAUAUUUCUCUCCGUGCACCAAAAUCAGCGGCGAGACUGUCACGAUCUCCCUGAGUACAUCGUCAUACGCAUUCCCAAGAUAUCGGAAAGGUGAUUUUUUUUGCUCACAAACGUACAAACACUGGAUUCCAUCGGUCUACCAUCCAGUUCAACAAUUAUUUCCCAAGUGAAUUUGCAAUUUGCCUGCACGCAAGUGAUAUUACCGGACGAGCGUUCAUGGCCUUCGGGUUUACACCACUGAUUGUUUCUUUUUCAAAGUAAAAAGGAUAGAAAUAGUGGUGCAGUGAUUCGCUGAGUGUGAAAAAUUGAAGGAAACUAUGCAGAGUCAGAUUCAGCUAGUAGGUAUUCCCCUGAAAUGCACCUGGUAAUGUCGGAGAGACGUCCAGAAGUCUCGUGCAGCUCAGUCGGAAUGGAUGCAAUCCUUCUUGAUAAAUUGACGUGGUUAUUAUCCUGGUGAGUGGCAGGAAAUACUGCUGGCUAGGGCAUCAUGUUCAACGUUUGCUGGAUACACUACUGUCUCUUGAUUCUAGGUGUGCCGUCAAUGAGUCAGAGCUCGGCUGCACCGAAUGUGAAACCACUGGAAAGUGAUAGCGAUUACGCAAAGGUAUUGGAGCUGUCAUUGAUGUUCUAUGAGGCCCAGAGAUCUGGUGAAUUGCCGGGAGAUAACAGAAUUCCCUGGCGCGGAAAUUCUGCUCUCGACGAUCGGGGUCUCGAUGGGGAGGACCUCACAGGCGGUUAUUACGAUGCUGGAGACUUCGUGAAAUUUGGUUUUACCAUGGCCUCGACGACGACUCUACUCGCCUGGGGUGCAGUCAGCUGGCCAGAAGCUUUCGAAGCCGCGGGUCAACUCGAUGAAGUUCGCAAAUCAAUAAAGUGGGCCACCGAUUACUUCAUCAAGUGUCACGUCAGUGAGUUCGUUUUCUACGGUCAAGUGGGGGAUUUCUCGCUCGAUCACACGUUCUGGGGCAGACCGGAGGAGCUCAACACAACUAGACCGGCGUUUAAAAUCGAUUCGGAUCAUCCGGGUUCAGACCUAGCAGGCGAGACGGCAGCAGCCCUGGCCGCCACCAGCAUCGUCUUCAAGACGAUCGAUCCUCUCUACAGCUCCAAGUGUCUCCGUCACGCUCUUGAGCUCUACAAAUUCGCCAACACCUACCGCGGGCUCUACCACGAGUCGAUAAGAAACGCAGCUCAGUUCUACGAGAGCACGGAUUACGGUGACGAAUUGGCCUGGGCCUCGUUGUGGCUGUUCAAGGCCACCAACGACACUCGAUACCUAGAGGACGCCGAGCAUCAUUACCACCAUUUUCACCUGAAGGAGAGGCCCAACGAAUUCUUCUACAAUAAAAAAGUCGCCGGAGUGCAGGUCCUGCUGGCACAGCUCACCGGACAGUCUGAGUAUCAGAACGCAGCCCGUGCCUUCUGCGAUUUCUCCUCUAGACACCAGAAGCGCACCCCAAAGGGCCUCCUUUACAUCGACAAAUUUGGAACUCUCUGUCACGCAGCCAAUGUCGCUUUUAUCUGUCUCGAGGCAGCCGAUUCCCCAGAAAUCGGAGAUCCCAGGGAGUAUCGCGAAUUUGCGAGACAACAGAUUCACUAUAUGCUCGGCGGUGGAGGCAGAAGUUAUGUUGUUGGAUGGGGAAUUAAUCCUCCACAACAGCCUCAUCAUGCCGCCUCAAGUUGUCCCGAUUUACCAACCCAGUGUGGCUGGCCUGAGUUUGACCGCAACGCUUCUAAUCCACAGAUACUCUACGGCGCUCUCGUUUCAGGCCCAGAUGAGGCUGAUAAGUUUCGGGAUCACAGGGAGGAUUACGUUUAUACCGAGGUCACGCUUGACUAUAACGCUGGAUUCACCAGUGCACUCGCCGGACUUUUGCAACUUCACGUUAAGAAGAGUAAAUGAAAUUUUCGACUUCUGAGCUGGGAUGGCCGUCAGUCUUCCGAUUCUUCAAUAUUAAAAGAAUUUCUGACUUACAUUGAUUAAGGUUUUUUUU